UUUUUUAUUUAUGUUUUAUUUUAAACAUUUACCAAUAAAGGAUUGAAAACAUGAUAGCGUAGCUAAAAAAAAAUGAAGAAAAAAGUUACUGCGGCGAUCGGGUACAACACCAACCCAAAACAUGCCAGCCCAGCACUCUAACCAAUGGACUACCAAUUCUGUUACAAAACAAUUGUUGCAUAAUACACAUGUACUGAGUUAUGUGCAUCUUUGUAGACAGGACACGCAGCGUUUUGUCCUCCAUGCAGAAGUGGUUUGUCGGAAUAUGCACAGAAAACGCAGGUUUUACAAUGGAGACACAGCUUCAGGUCAAAGAGCUGAUGUCUUAACUUUGUAAAAGGUUGAAAACUGAUCUGGUUGCUCAAUGCACAAUUUGAUCCAACACACACACGCAAACACAUGCACACGCGUGCGCGCACACACACACACACACACACACUUCUGUAGGAUCAUCAUCAGAUUAUGUUUCAGCGACUUUGCAACACCAGCUCUGCUUAAACAGCACAAACACACAAAAUCCAACUUUCAAAUGAACUUACACACACACACACGCGCGCGCGCGCACACAGCUAAAUAAAUAAACAAUAUGCACGCACACAGCUAAAUAAAUAAACAAUAUGCCAACAUUCACAAAAUUUGCCAACAAUCACAACAGCAUAACCAGCCACAUGACUAUACCCACCGCAAAUUCUGGAAAACUCAACUCAACUUAACUCAACUUUAUUUAUAAAUCACGCCUCACAGGCAAAAAGAUGCCACCAAGGCGCUACACUGAUCAAAUAAAAACAUAAAACAUUAAGUUCAGAAAAUAAAACAUUGUAUCACACGAUACAGAUAAAAAUACAAUGAGUAAAAUCGCUAUAAGUACAACAAUAAAACUAGUUAGAAAGGUUAAAAGACAGGUCAUAAAAAUAUGUUUUUAGCCUUGCCUUAAAAACCGCAACAGAGGUGGAGGCCCUUAUGCUCAGAGGAAGCUUAUUCCAAAGCUUAGGACCUGCCACAGCAAAGGCCCUAUCACCACGCGUCUUUAGACGUGUUCUUGGGACCGAGAGGAGCAUGAGGUUCUCCGAGCGGAGUGACCGUGAAGGGGUGUAUGGUUGAAGUAGUGACACCAAGUAAGGAGGGGCCAAACCAUUUAAUGUUUUAAAAACUAGUAAAAGUAUUUUAAAAUGAAUCCUAACAUCAAUGGGCAGCCAGUGAAGCGCAGCCAGGACAGGAGUAAUGUGGUCAAACUUGCGCCUGCCUUCUAAAAAUCUGGCAGCAGCAUUCUGGACCAUUUGCAACCUGGCUAUUGAGCCCUUGCUCACACCGAAUAGAACAGAGUUGCAGUAGUCCAAUCGCACCGUAAUAACAGCAUGGACUACCGUCUCAAGAUCAUGACGUGUCAAAAACAGUUUGAUCUUUGCCAGCCGACGAAGGUGGAAAAAGGAGGAGGAGAUCACUCCAUUGAUGUGGGUAUCAAAACUAAGGGCGCUAUCCAGUUGAACACCAAGAUUAGUCACCGAUGUAGUCAGCUGGCAAUUAAAUGACCCACAGUCAGGGAAGAGUCACAGUGUAUGCUUGGAGCAAACAAUAUAGCCUCUGUUUUCUGAUCAUUUAGGCUCAGAAAUUUCCCAGUCAUCCAGGUCUUGAUCUCCCUCAAACAGUUUGUAAGAGUAGAAAUAGAGAGAACACUUGACGUGUUCAGAGGCAGGUACAGCUGACAAUCGUCAGCAUAUAGGUGGAAUUGAACUCCAAGCUCACGACAGAUGUCACCUAAGGGCAGAAUGUAAAUAGAAAACAACAAAGGUCCCAAUAUCGAGCCCUGUGGUACCCCCCAAGGUAGAUCAGAGUACUCUGAGGAAUAACUUCCCAUCCUAACACACAUUUUUCUAUUUGUCAGGUAUGAUCUAAACCAUUCCAGGGCUAACCCUGAAAUCCCGACAUUAUGAUGAAGACGGUGAAGCAGCACUUCAUGAUCUAUCGUGUCAAAGGCUGCCGUGAGGUCCAGCAGAAGUAACAACACAGAAUUACCGCUAUCAGUCGCUAGAUAGAUGUCACUGAGCAUUCUAACCAGAGCAGUCUCCGUGCUGUGUAGAGCUCUGAAGCCAGACUGGAAAGUCUCAAAAAUGGUAUUCUCGUCAAUAAAAACCAAGAGCUGGUGGUAAACACAUUUCUCUAGCACCUUACUCAAGAAAGGAAGUUUCGAAAUGGGCCUGUAGUUUGCAGCCAGCGAAGCAUCCAGUCCAGGCUUUUUGAGCAAAGGUUGAAUAACCACUUUUUUGAAAUUGUCAGGGACUAUACCAGAACUGAGGCUCAUGUUAAUUAUGUUCAAAAUUAAAGGGGCGACUGCUGGAAAGACUUCUUUAAGGAGGCGCGUUGGCAUUACUUCAUCCGGCGAGCCACUUGGCUUAGCCUUCCCAGCGAUCUUGAUCAGAUCAUCUAGGCCAAUCUGUUGAAAUGAGGGAUGCUCCGAUCCGAUCACGUGAUCGAAAAUCGGGCCCGAUCACGUGACUUUUAAAAGAUCGGAAUCGGGUGUUAAAGAUCGGAUUUAGCCUUAUAAAACAACAAGCAUGACAUUUUUAAUCAAUCUUGAGUUUCAAAUAGAAUAACAAUGGCUUAAUUUUGUACCAAGUUUCACUUCCUCAAUAACAACAUGACAACACCAUACGGCAGCCAUAACGUCACACGUUUUAAAGUGGACCGCGGAAUUCAGUUAGCAGUUAGCUAGCAGGCUAAUGCCCGUCUCGCUCCAGGAGAGCAAAAAAUGUCAGCGGUUUGGAGUCAUUUUAAACUGGAGACCGAAGGCUGUCCAACAGCCACUUGCAACGUGUGCAAACUGAGUGUUUCACGUGGCGGAAAAGACAGAGCUGCUUUUAACACCACGAACCUGAUCCGGCAUCUUAAGAACAAACAUCCAGCUCAAUAUUCCGAGUUCACCGCGGCAACGCAGAUCAAAACAUGGAGCCAGCCGACACUGGAAGCUAUGCUGAAAAACAAAGAAAAACUUCCUAAGGAUAGCGACAAGGCCAAGAACAUCACAGCCAAGAUAGCUGAAUUUAUUGCACUAGAUGACCAGCCGCUGUCUGUGGUUUCAAACGUAGGAUUUCGCCGUCUCAUGGAGCACCUGGAGCCACGGUACGAGUUACCUUCUCGAAGCUACUUUACAGACACAGCUCUGCCCAGCAUUCACAACAAGCUACGUGACCACCUGUUAGUCAUGUUAUCAAAGGUGUCUGCUUUUGGGUUUACCACAGACAUAUGGAGUUCGUCUGUUUGUCCAAUGUCACUGAUCAGCUUCACUGCACAAUGGAUCGACUCGAGUUUUAAUUUACAACGUGCUACGUUAAAUGCGCAACAUUUUCGCGGAUCUCACACAGCAGAGCAUGUGAAACAGGCUAUCGGAGAUAUGCUGAACAGUUGGGGAAUUGAAAAGGAACGUGUCCAUGUAAUUGUGCGUGACAAUGCGCGAAAUAUGAAGAGAGCCAUGGAGGACUUGGCUGUACCGAGCUUGGGCUGUGUUGCACACACGCUUCAACUAGUUGUGCACGAGGGUCUGCUCUCUCAGCGCAGCGUCACAGACACAAUGGCUAAUGCCAGGAAGAUAAUAGGCCAUUUCAAACAUUCUCCUUUGGCCUAUUCACGCCUGGAAGAUAUCCAGAUUUCUCUGAAGAUGACCGUGAAGCGCCUGCAGCAGGAUGUGCAUGUUAGAUGGAACAGCAGCCUCUAUAUGCUACAGAGCAUUCUGGAGCAAAAGCGAGCGCUCAGCAUCUAUACAGCUGACCACAACCUCCCUGCUACACUAACAGCUAGUCAGUGGACCCUGAUGGAGAAUACAGCUGAAGUGUUAGUUCCCUUGGAAGAACUGACUAGGGAAGUGAGCAAGGAAACUGCAACUGCAGCAGAUGUGAUCCCUGCCAUUUCAGCUCUCAGACGUGUCCUGUCUCGAGAGCAAACGACUGACCAGGGUGUUCGAACCAUGAAAAGAACUCUCCUAGAGGCCGUGGAGACUCGCUUUGCUGAGGUAGAAAAGGAACCACUCUACAGCAUCGCCACUUUAGUGGAUCCAAGAUACAAAGACAGAUAUUUCACAAAGUCAGACCACUUGAGGUUUGCUAAAUAUUCCCUCAUCCAGGAGGUGAUGAAGAUGGAGGAGAACAGGGUUGCCAGUGAAGAACCAGAGGCAGCAGAGCCUGUGAGCAAGGCACCUCGUCAAGGAGCAGGAAGCAGCCUUGGCAGCAUCUUAGAUGAGAUCUUAGAAGAGCGUCAGCCAGAGGCCCAAUCUGUGAGUACCACAUCAGCAGAUGUCCAGGUACGGAUCUACCUUUCGGAACAAACCAUCCCUAGGAAAAGCAAUCCUCUAGACUACUGGAAAACACAUGCUACACAGUUCCCUUCACUGGCUGCUGUUGCAACCAAAUUUCUUUGUGCCCCCUGCACCUCAGUGGACAGUGAGAGACUCUUUAGUGCAGUGUCAAACAUUCUUGAUGAGAAUAGGAAUCGGCUCUCCCCCGACAAGUUAGAGAUGCUGAUUUUCCUCAAAAAAAACAUGCACUUUAUUUGGGAGCCUUAGAGUAAAAGUUGAGCUCCAUGUAGAGCACAUGGAAGAGGUGAUUUACCAGUUCUUUGCAAUUUGACGUUGAUGUUUUAUUCUUGAAUGGUGUUAAGUUCGUGCACCACUUUGAUUAGGCAUAUCUUUUGUUCGUUUUAAUAAACAAGUCAGUCUAAAGGCCUAAGAUGUAUUUUAUUUUGUUACCUGACUGAAUUAUGCAACUACCUCUUAGAGGUGGAGGUAAGCACUUUAAUUUAACUUCUAUUAUUGUGUUGAGUUAUUUUACAAACCUUUUCUACUUUUCUAUAAAAACAAAUUUGUUUACAUAUUGUUGCACCACUGAUAAGCUACAAAGAUAUAAUGUUGUUUACUUGGUUUGAAGUGCUGCUGCACUAACAAAAUGUUUCUACUUAUGGUAUCAUGUUGGAUGCCGUCAUAAAAAUAAUAAUAAAAAAAACCUAACAGGUUAAUUUGGGUGCAGUCUCCCUUUUUUCUUGCUAUUUUAUUGUAUUGCUGAAGUAUCGGAUCGGGACUCGGUAUCGGCAGAUACUCAAAAUCAAAUGACUCGGAAUCGGAUCGGGAGCAAAAAAAUGUGAUCGGAACAUCCCUAGUUGAAAUAAUACCAAACCUCUGGUGAAAGUAACAGAACGGCCACACACCGGUGCCCUAGACAUGGUAGCCCGUAGCGCAGAAACUUUCCCAAUGAAAAAGUCAUGGAACUCAUCACAAAGUUUAGCUGAAGCCUGCACCACAUGAUGAUCAUUUAGCUUCAGAACUGAGUCAAUUGCUGUAUAUAGUACUCUGGGGUUGUUUGAGUUUAAAGAAAUGAGAUUGGAAUAAUAUGCAAAUUUCGCAGAUCUAACUGCCUCUUAGUAUGAUUUCCAACUGUCACGUAGAGCAAUUAGGGAAACGUGCAGAUUAUCCUUCUUCCACUGUCUCUCGUAUCUUCUACAUGUCCUUCUUGCGGCACGAGUAGCGUCCGUUGACCAUAAAUUUACCGAACGCUUUCCCCUCCUGGGCCUUAACGGCGCAACAGUGUUAAGGAUAGCCUCACAGGUCUCAUUAAAGCAAGUAAGCAAUCCAUCCAGUGAGGACUCGUCUGAUAAAUCAAAGAAGGCUUGUUCAAACAGUGAGGUGAAUUGAGUUGCAGUGUCAGAGUUCACAUGACGACUAUACCUACUGGGGGCAACAGGUGCCAGCAAAUUACUAUGCAGAGUAGUCUCAAAUAAUAUGGGAUUAUGGUCUGAGAAAAAUGCAUCCUUAAUAGUCAGAUUAUCUACUGAACACCCCAGUGAUAACACAAGAUCCAGUGUGUGGCCCCAUUAACCCACUGCGUAAAAGUCAAAGAGUUCACAAGGUUGAUGAAAUCAGAGACUAAAGGUUUUCCAGGACAGCAGAUAUGAAUAUUAAAGUCUCCCAGUAGCAAAACCUGCUUGUAUCUAGCAGCCCAGUUUGCUAGGACUUCUGAAAACUCCGGUAAAAAAAAUCCUUAUUGUAUUUCGGGGGUCUAUACACUACAGCACAGAGGAUUGGUUGCGGAUGACCAAGUUCGAAUAAGCACAGUUCAAAACUGGUAUUAGGAGACCAGGACUGCAAACGUUUCAUCUUCAAAUGUGCUUUAUAGAUAACCACCAAUCCACCCCCACGUUUAAUGGUCCUCGGCACAUUAAUAAAAGCACAUUAAUAAAAGCACAGUCUGCUGGGAUCAGUUCAUUAAUCCAACACACACACGCAAAAAGUAGAAUGUCUAAGGACGGUCCCGCCUUUCUCGCCUCUGAUUGGCUGCAAGGGCUCUCCAGUGUUUCCCUUACAUAGGCGUAGCCGUGGCGGCCUGCCAUGGCUGAAAUCUCAGUGCCACGCCUACGAGAUCCCAAGCUUUAAUGAUUUUUUUUGUCUGCACCGUUUCCCAAAGAAGCAGCGGGAACUACUCUGUUGUUGCUUGUGAUCACAGCCAGCAGGCAGCAAGGAGGAGGAGGAGGAGGAGGAGGCAGGGCAGGGUGGUUACAACUAGGGAUGAGCCGGAUACUCAUUUCAGACUAGCAUGCGGUACGGAUAAAGCAUUUUUCACAAAUACGAGCAUGAAACGAGUAAAACUCGUAAAUAUCUGUAAUCGUGCUCAAGGAAAAUCUUCAUUGGGUAACAGACUGUCUUCACGCUCUGUGAUUGGCCAGUCACAUAGAGCACCCGCCCCUCUCUACACAUAAAACUGCAAGCAGCUGGGAGCUCAGUCCGUCCGGCCCAUCCACACACGCACACACACAGAGUAACGGAUCUCUCUGUGAUUGCUUCACUGUUGCUCACAUUUCUUCAGUGCUCCCUAGGUUUUCUUCAGCUCGCCUCUUUUCGCUUGAAUAUUUAAAGUUACUUUUUUCGUAACGUACGUGGUGCAUUUGACAAGACAGAGCUGAAAACGGCUCGUGCAUGUGUCGGUCACUGCCUCCACUCCGGUCUGGUUUUUUUAUUUUUAUUUUUUUAUUUUAACUCUCUCUCCCUCUCUCUCUCUCACACACACACCUCAAUCAACAUUGUUUUGUUUAACUGUGUGUGGAAAAAAGCCAAAACGUUAGGAAAAAAUCAGUUUAAUCAAAUUAAAAUAAAAUGGUAUUUCAUAUGUCCUAGUUCAUACUGCAUGAGUUCAGAUGUAUUAAUUCAUGCACUUAAAUAUUAAUGUUCUGAUUUGAUUGAAAAACUUGUUCUGUAAUAGUUCCUUUACUAUUGUGAUCAAAAAUAUUUAAUCUCAAUUCUGAGGUUGCUCUGUAAAUAGUUUUCAAAUAAACUAUACAUAUACAUACACAUACACAUAUCAACUUCUGAUCAAUCUAUAUCAAUUUCAGAUUUAAAAUAAUGUAUUGAUGUAAACCACACCCACUAAUUUCCAAAUAAUAAAUAAGAGGUGCAUUCAUCUGUGUAUCUCCUUAGAUCUGCAUUAGUGAUAUUUUCAGCACCAGAACAAUGAAGCAAAGAAACAGAUUCCUGAGUUUAUGGUAGUAAUUUUAUUUAUUAGGUGCAUCUGGCCUGUUCUAUUUUUCUCUGAAAUCAGAUCAAAUCAGUGCUUCUAUGGGUUGUCUCCUCUCUGCACUAGAAAAUUUACUUUAUUAUAAUGUUCACUGUAAUGCAUCUUGAUGUUCUUAACAAAUAAAUUAAAUCAAAGAUAUUGGCCAAUAAUGCCAAAUAUGUAAAUUUGUGUUUCAGUCAUUUUUAUACUGGCUUAAAAAUACUUCAUUAAGUCUACUAAGCAGGGGUGUAGAACGUGUUUAAUAGGGCCAGCCCAGUAAUGAUCUUGGACCAAAAUAAAGGG